AUGUGGUCCUUUUUCACGAGGCAAGCAACAUUUACGGGCCCAAGGUUGAGCUACCGGCCUGCCUAUCCUGGGACGCAAAAGAAGCGCUCCGAGUUUGGGGUAUUUCAACUCGCGUCGUGGUUCUCAGCCCUGGCAUUUGCCACUGAUUACGACACACGCUCCAUGAUCGAGGUUCUUUUUGCCAUUGCUUCAAUCCCGGAUGUUGCUUCUGUUGCGCCACCAGCCAAAACAAAUCAGUACAAUCUGUCCAUAGGUUACUCUUUUGUCAAACAUCUCAUCACCAGCGACGUAGAGAGCGGUGGGUAUGGUUAUUGUAAUUCGGCGGAGGCCAAACUCUCCAUCUUUCCCCAUGAGGAAGAGUGGGAUGCAAGUACGCGUCGACAUACCACGUACAAGCGCAACUUUGACUUUAAAGUCAAGGCGUUUAUCUCCUACCUGGAGUCUCAGUGGCCUUGUGAAAGGCCGAAAAAGCCAACAGAGAGCGAUUGCGCCGGUUUGAGGGCGUAUGUGGACGUCGAUGAGACAAUAACAGCAGUGCGGUCGAGGUGGAAGAUUUGGUAUCAAAAUCACUUAUUCUACAAAUACCUGACGAAACUUGCUGAGGCCGUAUCUCGCCAAUCAAUCGACUCGUCGAUGGGCCAGUUGCCCCCGCUUCCAAAGCUACCAGCCUAUACGCUAGUCGCCAGCAACAAGGGGUUCGCUGCCACUGCGGACCUCUUUGCUCAGAACCAGCCGCCGAUAAUUAGGCCUGAGGACCGUCCUCAACUUUGCCUCAACCUGGGCCGAGCUUGUGACGACAGUGACGAACAGUCACCGUCGUCUUGCAUUCGAUCAUUUUUGAGAGGCCUUAGAGUCGGCACAUGCACAGACUUUGAGCGGAAGUACUGCAGGGACCUUGAACUCAGCUUUCGCGCUCUUCGCGAUCUUAAUAUGGACCGGAAGGAUGGCACAGAAAAUGGGCUUGCGACAUCUCCGCAAACAGAGUUGCUACUGAAGUACUGGACUGAGUGC